UUCAACCUUGGCGCCAUAUGCAGCCAGAUUGGGGCCUCUUGCGACCGCACCACCGCCCUUGGCCGUCACCUUGCAAUGGACGCCUUCAUUGCCGCCGCCAGAUUCUUCUUGAAACUUUGGACGGUUCUCGCCGAGGAGGUCUCCGCCACCCUCGACUUGACUCCCCUCUUCGCCGAGAGUCUUCACUGCCUCUUCUACGCUCAGGCUUUGGAGCUCAAAUUACAGCAACAACAAAACAACAACAGCAGUUCGGCUCUUGAAAAACAUCGAUGUGCCGUUUUGUUUGAAUCGGUUUCUGAGCAUUAUAAGAGAGCGUAUAAUCUGAUACUAGGUGAUCCGGCUGCAAUCGAACAUGUCCUCUCAUUUGAGGUAACCUGGAUAACUCAUCUUCACAAGAAGGACAAAUUCUUUCGGGAGGAGGCACGUCAGAGGCGAUCAUCCAUCCUACCCAAAUCCCUGGCACAUGAUUUACAUGAACCACCAUUCUCGUCUAGGUUAUCGUGUGCUCUUCUUGAUCAGGAUGCAGAAUCUGUCUCUGAAAAAUUAGUUAGAGGGAUUUGCAGGCGAUUGGACCUGUGGAUACCCAAGCUAGAAGGAGUGUACCUUGACGUCGUCCUUUCCGAGGACACCCAUUAUCGAUGGUAGAAAGCUGGUGGCUAACCCAUGGGACAUGCCUCCUCGUUAUCCAACAAAUUUCGCAAUCCCCUCGUCUUCCUCUUCAACUUCGUCACAUAUUCUGGCAUUGCCUUUGAAGAAGAGUGAGCCCUUGGACCUCUACAAGUCCUUGCGCAAUUACUUUGUCCUCAAAUACUCCGAGAGUGUGGCAAAGAGAGUAGAAGGCCUUCUCGAAUUGCUAAACAAAUUGCGUAGUGAAAUGCUGCGUGAUGACCUCUCUCUACCCUUGCGCCGUGACUGCCUCAUCCGCUAUUAUAAAUGCCUUUGCAUGAUUGAGCCUUUGUUCCCCAUGACUAACUCACCCAACCCACCUAUCUUUGUUUGGUACAGUGCCUUCAACCCACAACAGAACUCUUCUCAGCACAACAUCCAUUUGGAGAAGGCCUCUGUUCUCUUCAACCUGGGAGCCCUCGGCUCCCACAUUGCUCUCUCCUGCGAUCUCACCACCCUCCAAGGCCAGCGGAUUGCCAUAAACGCCUUACAAGAUGCUGCAUAUUAGUUCUUAAUACUAACGCAUGAGGCUGAGAAGGCAUCUGCCACCAUUGACUUGUCAAUAAGCUGCACCCAGAUGCUGCGCGAGAUAAUAACCGCUCAGAUUGCUGACUUGGAAUGCAGGUUUCCUCAACCUCGUUUUGUAUCAGAUUCUGUUGGAUGUCCUGUUUCUCUGCUUUAUCGGAAAGCUUUUGAACUGUCGGCAUUGGGGCCUUUAGCUGAGACUCGUCCUGUUAAAUCCUUGAUACCUAAUUAUCUUGGGUCUAAUUUGAGAACCUGCCAUAAUGAAUUUGCACCUAUUGAUGUCACUGAAGAAUUUAUUACAGGAUAUUGUAAGGCUGUACGAUUUCUUUCAGGGCAUUGUGGGGCUCAACACGAGUUUCCAGCGGGAUGUCAACCACCAUGCUUGGACCUUCUCUUCGAGGCUGGCCCUGUCAUGAUUAAGGAUGAAAAUCUUGUGGCCAACCUUAGAGGCAGUAACAUUCGCAUUGGAGGAGAUGAGCUCCCAGGAGACCACAGUAACAUCACCACAGACAUAAACUAAACAAGCUUUAGGAAUGAACUUUUCGUUCUU